AUGGAACGUCAGCCUCUAGCUUUACUGCUAAAGCAAUGUCCACUGCUUGAUGAGAUUGCUCUUUAUGACAUGAUGGCUACCUGUGGUUACGGCAUGGAGUUAAGCCACGUGGACACCAAAUGUAAGGUAUCCUCUUACUCCGGACGUCAUAUGCUUUGUGAUGCGCUAAAGGGUUCCAAAGUGGUGGUGAUUGUGGCACGUGAUCGUGUGGACACAUUUGCAAAUAAUGCACCAGUCAUUACAGAAAUAGCUCUUCAGUGUUGCAACGUCUGUCCCGAAGUAAGUUUGCAGAAUUCAGAACUUGAAAUGGUCAUAUGUAUGAAUGGGAUGAAAAAAUAUGAUUCCUGAAGGUCUAUUACUAAUACGACUAAAAAAAAGGUUUUUUGACAAUUUAUGAAGUAACGGAGGUAGAACUUGACACUGCCUCUGAUGCGCCUGUGCAUCUUCACGGAUGUGAUUUUUAUCAAAAUGAUCAGAACUAUUCGAAAUUUUCCGAAUUUUCGUUUGAGGAGAAAUAUAAUAAGUUCUCAAAUUUCUUAUUAGUGCUUCACGAUAGUAGCAACGGAACCGGUAGAGAGUCUGGUGCCCCUGGUGAGUGAGAUACAGCGAUUACGCAGCAUCUACAAUCCACGUACACUACUGGGCUGCGUUGAACUGAACUGUGUACGCGCUAACACAGUUCUAGCCGAUUACUUGCGUGUGCCACCCGAAGCAGUACGUGUACCAGUCAUUGGUGGCGCCACACCCAACACCAUGGUGCCCGUGCUAUCGGCUGCAGUCAAUCCUUACGCUUUAACUCAGGAACAGAUUGAAUGCGUAACUUCUUGCAUUAUGAGCGGUACGGAAGCAGUGUGCGCUGCUAAAUGUUGCUGCACAGCUACACCCUGUCUGGCUGGCGCGUAUGCAAUAGCGCGCACCACAAUAAAUGUCGUCAAAGGAUUGCAGGGAGCCAAAAAUAUCGUGCAAUGUGCCUACGUGGAUAACUUGGGCACUUGCGCGCCUGACUGCCAAUUCUUUGCUAGUGAGGUAUACACAAUGUGCACGCAUUGUUGUUGCGUAAACUGCUUAGCUCAUCCAGGCACCUGCUUUUCGCCACCUAUCGUGCCUUGCGUACCUCCCGUUAAUUGGACUUGUGACUACCCUGAUACAUGUCGUGACGAAUAUCUAGCCUCGAUAUGCCGUGAGAUGACGUGCAAGUGUGGCACAACGGAACUCUGUUGGCGGCCGCGUAAAGUUGACUACGACGCGGCGCGCGCCUCCAACCUUACACAUCAGCUGCCAGCGCGUGGUGCCUCAUGCUCCAUAUGCCAUGUACCGCGCAGCGUGCUUAUAGAACAACAAAUCCGGGAGCUAGCCAAGGAACCUCGCACGUAG